AUGGCCGAUGUUUCAAAGCUUCGUGGAGUCGCUUGUAAAACAAUCGAAGAUACUUCAGCUGAACUCAACAAUAUAAGCCAGGAAAUAUGGAAACAUCCUCAGCAAAAUUUCGAGGAAGUAUUCGCGCACAAUCUUUUAACAACGUUUUUAAAAGAGAGAGGAUUCGAAGUGACUCCUAAAGUUGCCGGUCUGGAAACCGCGUUCAGAGCUGAGUACAAUGGUGAUAUGAAAAGGCCCCGUGUUGGUAUAAUCUGCGAAUACGAUGCGUUACCAGAGAUAGAUCAUGCAUGUGGUCAUAAUCUCAUCGCAGAAGCUGGUAUUGCUGCCGCUUUAGGAAUAAAAGCAGCCAUUGAAGCUUCCAACAACACUCUUGGCAGUCUUGUUGUGUUUGGGACACCUGCAGAAGAGGGUGGCGGAGGGAAGAUUUUUAUGAUAGAUGAAGGAUGCUUUGAUGAUGUUGACUUUUGUAUGAUGGUACAUCCGACUGCCUUUGAUUCAGCCACUCCCUUGGUUCUAGCUUGUCAGCAUAUGCGUAUCAGUUACCAUGGUCAUGCCGCCCAUGCAGCGGCGUUUCCUUGGGAGGGUGUGAAUGCUUUAGAUGCCGGCGUGGCCUGCUACACAUCUCUCAGCAUGUUACGACAGCAGAUGAAGCCAACAUGGCGUGUCCAUGGUGUGUUCAAAGAUGGUGGGGUAAAACCAAACAUCAUACCAGAUACAUCCGUCUUGAAAUACUAUUUCCGAGCCCCAGACAACGAGGAGCUUGUCGAUUUAAUGGCGAAAGCAAAAGGAUGCUGGGAAGGUGCUGCAAGUGCUACAGGUUGCACUGUUGAAGUUGAGUGUCAUGGAUAUGGGAAGAACAAUGUAAAUUAUGCUGCUAUGAAACAUAACCAAGUUUUAGCCAAGUUGUACCAGAAAUAUGCUGAAAGUUUAGGAGUGAAAUUUCUCCCAGAAGGAGAGGCAGAAAACGCAUUGCUUGGUUCAACAGACAUGGGAAACGUAUCCCUUGUUAAGCCAGCCAUACAUCCUGCAUUCACAAUCAAUUCCCCAGCAGUGAUCCACACGCAUGAAUUCAAAGAUGCCGCUAGCAAACCUGAAGCCCAGCCAAAGGUGUUAAUAGCUGGCAAGUCAAUGGCGAUGACAUCAAUUGAUGUUUUGGCAGACACUCAGCUUUUAAAAUCAGUAGUUGAAGAAUUUGAACAGAAAUCUUAAACAUUUUUUUAUUAUUUAUUUGUGUGAAUUGAUUAAUUUAUGCGUUCAAAAAUGAUAGAUUUUAUACUUUAGGCUAUGGUCACAUACGCAAAAAAACUAGAAAGUCCUUUAUUAAAUUGAUUCUUUAAUUGCAUGUCUAAAGGUGCAUUAGGAACAUAUAUCAAGAACUUAAUGGUGUUGAAAACAUUUUGGGAGAUUUUGUCCACAGCAUUUAUACAAAUUAUAUUUU